AUGACAUCAAAUAAUAGCCAAGACAGCUCGCAACAGAACAGAAGUUCUAUUGAGAAAUUGCGAGUCUUGAAUAAAGCCAAAGAUCAGCUUGAACGACUUUUAAGUGUUGCCGCGAGACACAUUCUAGCUACGAACAUCGGCCAGCCGACAGCAAACAUAGAUGCUCAGUGGAUAAACGAACACGGUAAGUGGAAUGACCUGACAACAAAGAUGACAAGGAUCGGCUGCUCCCCAUUUACCACUCAGCUUCCAAGAAGGCUAGUAGAUGCAGAUGUAGGCAAACAUUCUGGAAAGGUCUUGGUUUCCCAACAAACUUCAUCGACAAAUAAUCCACAGGGUAAUACCGGAAUGCGCAAGAACUUUGCCAAAAAAUCAAUGAUACCAAAGCCUGAUGAGUUAGAAGAUAGCAAAGAACCGAAGUUUUUUGCAAAGAAAUCCAUGAUACCAAAAGAAACACUUGAUUCAACUCAAGCAGAAUCAUCCUUUUCUGGAUCUAUGGGAACGCCAAAACUAGUGAGCGUCGAGAUAGACGAAAAUAACAAUUUAACGCGAGAAACUCGAGGGCAGCAACUUCAUAUGGGCAAUACUCGAAAGCCAAGAGCCCCGGUGACACCGAUGUAUGCUACAUAUACUGUACAGGAUUGGAAUCCGGUUAAUUACGAAUUUAUUACUGAGUCACCGGAACAGUUUAUUACUGAGCAAACUGUACGCAAACCAAGUAAACCACCUUCAAUAACUAGAUACAUAGAAGAGCCAAAAAAGGUGUGGACUCCGUCAGUACGCACGAGCUUGCCUGAACAUGCAGAUCAUAACGGCUCUUCUUCAUUCACAAACGAGCAUACAACGCCUAAUGACACUAUUGUUCAAAGCAGUCUGGCAGGUAUAGCUGCGGCCAAUGAUUCUAAUCAACUUCCACUUGCCACUGAUUUGUUAUGUGAAAAAGUCAUUGACUCAUUGAGGGAUCAUUCUACUAAUAAUGAGCUGCCUGAGAGAUCUACUCUCCCACAGAAAUUGUCACCCUGUAAGGAUACGGACCUAAGGGAAGUGGAUGCGCUUGUCGUCGACGAAGAUAGCCAAACGGAAAUUGGAAGUCAAGACGCUGAGGACAGUCAUAGAUUAACUGAAAGCGAAGAUAUGGGAGUGGACGUUGAUUCAACAUUAGUGUCCUCUCGUACAGCUUGCGAAGAUGAUUAUUUUGCUGAAGAUAUUGAAGAAAUGAUUAAAAUGGAAUUAAAGGCUACUCAGCAAGAAAUGGAAGAGCGCAUUCGAUUGAGAUAUGAACGGAUUUUUGAAAAACCAGACAAUAAAUUUGCAAGAGAAAAAAUCACAGAUAGGGGUGAUACAGUGCAGAAGACGUUAUUAAGAAGAGAAUUACGUGGUAUAUCGUCUUGUGCUCAAGCACGUCUUGGAAUACAAAGUCUAUUUCAAACAUUAAAAUUAGCUUUAGUGUUUCACGAAGCAAGUGGAAGUGUAGUCGACAUUGCAUUCUGUGAAGCUGAACGUAAAACUCGUGUUGCAAUUUGCUGCGCGACAAAUGAUAAUCCAGAUUAUAACACUGAAGGCAACCUGAAAUUUUACGAUCCGACAUCGAGUACCUUGUGUCAUUUCCUUGGUCAUCAUUCGAAAUCUCGGGCUGGUGUUGCUUGUUUUGAUACGGUAACUGAUGCCAAAUUCUCGCCUGAUGGAAGAGUAUUGUUGGCUGCAGAUGACAAAGGGCAGUGCAUACUAUGGGAUACAUCCUGUGGAAAGUCAACUGGCCAUCUACAUGGAAGCGAUAAUUGUCGUGAUAUAAUCAAUCGUGUUGCUGUGCGUGCAACCCCCAUCUCAACCCACUACCAAUUUGCCUCUUGUCUAUCAUCGGGCAACGUCAAUCUUUUUGACGUUACCCCUAAACGUAAUUCUUACAGUCUUCAAUGUCGAACCAGUUAUGACGAGAAAGACAACCGCGUGGCAAGUGACAUCCUAUUUGGCCGCCAUCGGUGCGCCGAUACUAUAAUUGUGGGAUAUAAUGGUAAAGGAAAUAAGGGUGGCGGAGUAGUGAGGGUGUGGAAUAUUGAGCGAAGAAAGGUAAUGAAGCAGUUCACAAAAGCACAGAGAAGUGUUUCUUGUAUUGCUGUAGCUCGUUCAGGGUCAUUCGGAGUGUGUGGAACAAGUGGGGCUAAUGCCAAAGAAGUAGGGGAUGGUAGAAUAUGGCUAUACGAUUUGCCAGAUAGUGAUCCCAUCGCCUCAGCUGCGACUACCGAAAAAGAUGCGACUUUAGUCUCAAUCAGUCCUAAUGAGAGUUAUGUUGCGGUCGGUGGUGCUAACAAUAUAGUGGAAGUAUAUGACACUCGUUUCUUUGACCGAGUUCUCGCUACUCUACCUCAUGUAAAAUCGCCCAUAGAUGGCGGUGACGGUAUAGAGGCCAUUCAGUGGCCUAGUGGACACAUGAUAUUAUCUGGAGGUGAAGACGGUGUGAGAAUAUGGGACCUGGCCAAGUCAGGCCCGGAAAUGUCUGUGAAGAGUUUUGAGUGCUUUGAUGGGAAUGUGGGAGCAGUCGCAUUGUCCGAGAAUAUGGAUUUCAUGUGUGUUGGCUGUAGUACUGGGAGGGUAUAUGUUUUCACGGUUGAUGAGGAGAAAGCUACAAAGAUGCGAGAAAGAUUUUCAAUAAUAAGUAGGUGA